CCUAAACAGCCUUUUCGACUGCUUAAGGGACACCCAGCUAUGAUUCCCUCCUCGGGAUUUCCGUUGCAGGUGAAAAACCCUAAAGAACAAGGGAAUCGUUGCCUCGGUCCUCAGGAAACAACAUAUAAGUUCGAAUGCCCGGAUAAAGGCAAUCACGUUGGGAUGAAUCUGGGAGGGAGCCAAGUUCAAGUGAUUAAACACUCCCAUCUGGAAGUCGUUGAAAGGAAGACGGAGUCUGAGAUCUUUAAAUACGAUCUCGUACAUAGGGAAGGUGUUCUGAGUAAAUUCCGAGCAAAUGCGUGCGUCCCGUGUCGGCCUCAUGAUCUUAAAAUUUCUCUGAAACCCCUCCUGGCCUCCGCCGUACUCGACGACAAUAUAAGCUUGCCUGUAGGUAUAGCUAUAAAUCGAAGCUAUCCCUCGGGGUUCCGCACCGACCCAGUCCAGAGUAGGGUCGUCAACAGCGUCGACCAGAUUAAUGCUUUCCUCGGUGUCAAUGUGCUCCGAGGACUUGGGAAUAUCAGCCAUUUACCUGCAAAGUAUAUGAAACCGGUGAAUUCGACAGCAAAUCCGCUUUUCCGCGACACAGACGGGGAGAAGUAA